AUGGAUAUUUUUCUCUCAGCACACUGCAUCUGAAUGACAAAUUGAAUGUUACCCUGCGAAGUGAUCUCAUUCAUGGCUAUAUUUAAACUACUUGUAAAACAAGAAGAUCAAUGAAAGUUGUUCAUCUAUUUACAUAUUUUGUUAGUUGAACUCUUAUUACGGACACUUGAAUUCAAGACUUUCAUCCGUUACAGUUUUUUUUCUCUGCUGAUUAGAAAAGUGACCACGGAUCAAUUUGAUGUGUUAUUAUAAAUUUUGAUUUUUCAAUUUGUGGCUGAGUCCAAACCUCAACACUUUUUGAAUAAAAUUUAACACGAGAAGUUAAAUGAUGGCUUUAUCGAAGGUAAAUUCUCGACAUACUCCGUUUCAUCUCUGCAGUUUUCAUGAACAAUUCCCAUACUGAAAAGACGUCAGUGUUAAUAAAACAUUACCGCCUUUGAAGCCCGGAGACUUUUCCCAGCAACUGAAGCUGAUCAAGGGGGAUGUCACGCACCUAAGGUGUUUACACGAAAGGAAGAAUCGCGAACUGCUCAUUGAUAAGAACACUUCAUCGUCUGGGCAAGAAUGCCCAGGGUACCGUGAGGAACUCUUCGAAGGUCCCAAAUGAGGUCUCCCCACUUUCCACCUGUCGUCCUCAGCGCGGUGUCGGCACUUCUGUGCGCGCUCCCGCUGAGCCGGGCGACCAGCUGGCUGUCUUUGGUCAAGCAGCCAUUAGCCCGAAGUCUACGUGACUCUGACAGCUGCGCCCUCCUUAAAGGAUUAAGUGCAGGUCAGGUACAGCUCUGUCGUCAGCAACUGGAGGCAAUGGAUUCAGUACGGCGGGGUGCUGAGAUUGCCAUUGAGGAGUGCCAGCACCAGUUUCGGACACGACGAUGGAACUGCUCUACAGUACAGGGGAUCAAUGUGUUUGGAAAAGUUGUCAUGCAAGGCACACGUGAAGCAGCAUUCAUUCAUGCAAUCUCUUCAGCAGGAGUGGCAUUUGCUAUCACCAGAGCAUGCAGCCGUGGGGAGUUAGAGAAGUGUGGCUGUGACCGCAAAGUGCGCGGAGUCAGUCCUGAAGGUUUCCAGUGGUCUGGAUGUUCUGACAAUCUCUCUUAUGGAGUAUCAUUCUCACAGUCGUUUGUUGACAACCCUGAAAGGAUCCGGGGUUCUUCUUCUAGUCGAGCACUUAUGAACCUACACAAUAAUGAAGCUGGACGAAAGGCAAUUCUAAACAACAUGCGAGUGGAGUGUAAAUGCCAUGGAGUAUCUGGGUCUUGUGAAGUUCGAACAUGUUGGAAGGUCAUGCCACCAUUCCGCAGAGUAGGAGUUGUACUGAAGGAACGUUUUGAUGGAGCGACUGAGGUUGAGCAACGGAAAGUUGGAUCUCGAAAAGUUCUGGUGCCCAAAGACACUCAUUUUAAGCCUUACACUCUACAGGACUUAAUCUACCUCUCAGGAAGUCCAGAUUUUUGUGAACUGGACCCCCGUGGAGGAAUCCCUGGCACUGCAGGCAGGCAGUGCAAUGCCACUUCCUCCAGGCUAGCAGCAGAUGCUUGCGACCUCAUGUGCUGUGGCAGAGGUUUUCAUACUGAGCAUGCCGAGGUUAUUGAGAGGUGCAGCUGUAAGUUCCGCUGGUGCUGUUCAGUGCAAUGCAAACAGUGCCGGAAUAUGGUACAAGUCCACACAUGCAGAUGAGCAAAACAAGUGACAGUAAAGCACUGGCUGUUUGCAUUGUGCACAAGAUCAUGAAAUGCAAAGAGUGGAAACAGCAGGACUUGAAACAGCAAAAUUAUUUACUGUGUUUAUUAUGUUUCUGUCUACUCUAAAACUUUCAA